UUUAAAAUGAGUAGUCGUACAGUGGAGGCUGAUUAACCGCUACUUUGAGAAUUACUGGUCUAACAUAAAAGUGUUCAAAAUGUUGAAACAAUUAAAAGACACCUGUGCCCUUGAUUUCCUUUCCUUUUCCAGAGCUACGUUGGUGGAGUAUGUCAAACUAAAGGAGGUAACAGAAUAGACUCGGGACGAAUGUGAUUUCGUUAGCGUUUCCACUCCCAUCUUGAACUAGUGGUAUAAUCUAGGAAAGCAGUUCCCAAAAUGUGGACAGACGACCCGUGGUGAUCUCCUCGUACGCUUUCAGGGGAGCCUCAAGGUCAUAACUAUUUUUAAAAUGAUAGACUUCAAGACUCUAAGGAUGGAAGAAUUACAGUUGGAAAGAGCCUGGAGAACUGAAUCCCUGUGUGGAGGAAAAUCACUUGAUUGGGUUGGUAACAUUGAAGAGACGCUUCUCACCUGCCUGAAAUGGCCUACGUUAUCUUCAAGUUGCAAGGGCUCCGGUACAGCCCUUGCAGUGCUCCCGUAAAGGGAGCCUUGGGAGGAGCCUGAAUCCCUGAUGGAAUUGGACGGUGCAUGGAGAUGGUUGGGCAGGAUGAGGUCCCUGGCUGUGCCUGGGUGCCCCAAAUGUCACCAUGGCGGCACCUGGCAGGGCGUGUUCCAGGCAAACCACAGAGGUGAACUUUCCUGAUAUCGUUGAGAAUUCCUUCACCCAGCAGGAAGAGACCAAACCGAGUUUCAGAGACAGCAAAAAUAGACUUCUUCUGAGCCAGGUGGCCUACUUCCAGAAUUACCAGCUGAAGACAGACAAAGAUGGAAAAGAUGACGAUGAAGAACAGAAAUACAGAGACCGCAAAAAUAAACUUUUUUUGAGUCAAGUGGCCUACUACCUGGGCUGCCGGCAUAAGACGGAAGUCCCUGGCUUUCUGUGUUGUGCCCAAAAAGUCAACAUGGUGGCAUCUGGCAGGCCUCCUUUUAGAAUAAACCGAGAGGUGAACGUUCCAGAAGGCAUUGAGAAAUCCGGCUCACAACAGGAAGAAAACAAACCAAAUGUCGGAGCCAGCAAAAACAGACUUCUUCUGAGCCAGGUGGCCUACUUCCAGAACUACCGGAUGAAGACAGACGAUGAUCGAGAAGAUCACGAUGAACAAAAAUACAGAGACAGCAAAAAUAAACUUCUUAUGAGUCAAGUGGCCUACUACCUGGCCUGCCGGCUGAGGAUGAAAGUCCCUGGCUUUCUGUAUUGUUACCCAAACAGCAGGGUGGAUUCCGGUAAACUUCCUUCCAGAAAAGACCCAGAGCUGAACGUUCCAGAAGCCAUUGAGAAAUCGUGCUCCCAGCGGGAAGAUAACAAACCGGAUGUUGGCGUCAAGAAAAAUGGAUGUCUUCUGAGUGAGGUGAACUACUCCCUGAACUACCGGCUGAGGACAUACGCUCGAGAAGAUGACGAUGAGGAGCGGAGAUACGGAGACAGCAAAAAGAAACUGCUUGUGAGUCGAGUGGUCUACUCCCUGGCCUGUCAGCUGACGACGGAAGUCCCUGGCUUUCCGUGUUCUGCCCCGAAUGUCAUCACGGUGGCAUCUGGCAGGGCUGUUGCCGGAAGAAUCCCAGGGGUGAACGUUCCAGAAGCCAUUGAGAAAUCCUGCUCCCGGCGGGAAGAUAACAAACCGGAUGUCGGAGUCCGCCGAAAUAGAUGUCUUCUGAGUGAGGUGGACUACUCCCUGAACUACGGGCUGAGGGCAUACGACGCUCGAGAAGAUGACGAUGAGGAGCGGAGAUACGGAGACAGCAAAAAGAAACUGCUCGUGAGUCGAGUGGUCUACUCCCUGGCCUGUCAGCUGACGACGGAAGUCCCUGGCUUUCCGUGUUCUGCCCCGAAUGUCAUCACGGUGGCAUCUGGCAGGGCUGUUGCCGGAAGAAUCCCAGGGGUGAACGUUCCAGAAGCCAUUGAGAAAUCCUGCUCCCGGCGGGAAGAUAACAAACCGGAUGUCGGAGUCCGCCGAAAUAGAUGUCUUCUGAGUGAGGUGGACUACUCCCUGAACUACGGGCUGAGGGCAUACGACGCUCGAGAAGAUGACGAUGAGGAGCGGAGAUACGGAGACAGCAAAAAGAAACUGCUCGUGAGUCGAGUGGUCUACUCCCUGGCCUGUCAGCUGACGACGGAAGUCCCUGGCUUUCCGUGUUCUGCCCCGAAUGUCAUCACGGUGGCAUCUGGCAGGGCUGUUGCCGGAAGAAUCCCAGGGGUGAACGUUCCAGAAGCCAUUGAGAAAUCCUGCUCCCGGCGGGAAGAUAACAAACCGGAUGUCGGAGUCCGCCGAAAUAGAUGUCUUCUGAGUGAGGUGGACUACUCCCUGAACUACGGGCUGAGGGCAUACGACGCUCGAGAAGAUGACGAUGAGGAGCGGAGAUACGGAGACAGCAAAAAGAAACUGCUCGUGAGUCGAGUGGUCUACUCCCUGGCCUGUCAGCUGACGACGGAAGUCCCUGGCUUUCCGUGUUCUGCCCCGAAUGUCAUCACGGUGGCAUCUGGCAGGGCUGUUGCCUUCUGCCUGGGCUCUCGGCUGAAGAGUAAAAUCCCUGGCUUUCUGUGUUGUACCCAAAAAGUCAACAUGGUGGCAUCUGGCAGGACUCCUUUUAGAAUAAACCGAGAGGUGAACGUUCCAGAAGGCAUUGAGAAAUCCGGCUCACAACAGGAAGAAAACAAACCAAAUGUCGGAGCCAGCAAAAACAGACUUCUUCUGAGCCAGGUGGCCUACUUCCAGAACUACCGGAUGAAGACAGACGAUGAUCAAGAAGAUCACGAUGAAGAACAAAAAUACAGAGACAGCAAAAACAAACUUGUUAUCAGUCAAGUGGCCUGCUACCUGGCCUGCCGGCUGAGGAUGAAAGUCCCUGGCUUUCUGUAUUGUUACCCAAACAUCAGCAGGGUGGAUUCCGGUAAACUUCCUUCCAGAAAAGACCCAGAGGUGAACGUUCCAGAAGCCAUUGAGAAAUCCUUCUCCCGGCGGGAAGAUAACAAACCGGAUGUUGGAGUUCGCCAAAAUAGAUGUCUUCUGAGUGAGGUGAACUACUCCCUGAACUACCAGCUGAGGGCAUACGGUGAUCAAGAUUAUAAUGAAAAACGGAAAUACAGAGAAAAGAAAAAUAAGCAUUUUACAAGUCAAGCGGCCUUCUGCCUGGGCUCUCGGCUGAAGACGAAAGUCCCUGGCUUUCUGUGUUCUGCCCCAAACGUCCACAUGGUGGCGUCUGGCAGGCCUUCCAGAAUAAACCCAGAGGUGAAUGUUCCAGAAGGCACUGAGAAGUUCUGCUCACAACAGGAAGAAAACAAACCAAAUGCUGGAACCACCGAAAAUAGACUUCUUCUGAGUCAGGUGGCCUACUUCCAGAACUACCGGCUGAAGUCAUACAAAGAUCGAAAAGGUCACGACGAAGAACAGAAAUACAGAGACAGGAAAAAGAAACUUGUUAUGAGUCAAGUUGCCUACUACCUGUGCUGCCGGCAUAAGACGGAAGUCCCUGGCUUUCUGUUAUCUGCUUCAAACAUCAGCAAGGUGGCAUCUGGCCGGCCUCCUUACAGAAAAUACACAGAGGUGAACGUUCCAGAAGGCAUUGAGAAAUCCUGCUCCCAGCAAGAAAAUAACAAACCGAAUGUCCCAGUCAGCAAAAAUAGAUGUCUUCUGAGUGAGGCGAACUACUCCCUGAACUGCCGGCUGAAGACCUACAAUGAUCAAAAAGAUCAUGAUGAAGAACAGAAAUGCAGAGACAGCAAAAAUAAACAUCUUAGGAGUCAAGCGGCCUACUACCUGGACUGCUGGCUGAAGACGGAAGGAAGUCAAGGUGAUGUUGAGGAAGAGGAGGAGAAAGGGCCAGUGCCCCCCAGGAAUCUGCAGGAGUCUGUGGAGGAGGAAGCCCCGCAGGAGUCCUGGGAUGAAGGUGAUUCGACUCUCUCAGUUCCUCCUGGCCCAUCUGCCUUCAAUGAGACUUUGAGGAGCAACUUCCACUCAUUAGAGGACCAGCAAGUCAUCUCGGCUGUUGACAUAGACAAGAUUAAAAAUGACCAAGCAGCAGAAGAAGACCAAGGCCCACCAUGCCCCAGGCUCAGCAUGGAGCUGGUGGAAGCAGAAGAACCUGAAGUCUUCCGGUACUCACUGGAUGUAUUGUAUUCAACUUAUGCAGCUUAUCCUGAGUUUUAUUUCACAUGCCAGGCUUACACAUAUGUUAUUUUUUAUUUGUGGAAGAGUGUGUUCGCUUGUCUUUGGACAUGGACAGUAGGUUUCUUACUACGACGGUGACAAGACUCCUCCCCCUGGUCUCCCGGGUAGGGGUCAUAUUUCCACACUAAGACAACGUGUCACGUGGGACUCUGCCGGUGCAGAGUAUGAACACCACCAUGUUCUUGCUGAAACACUUAGCCUGAGUUUCAUAGCCUGAGGUAAUCUCCAGACAACUUCAGAAUGUAGAGCAGUGAGCAGCACAAGUGACCUUUCUCCUUCAGAAAGCCCAUGUCACCACAAAUCACACAACCAAAAGGAGAAGAGACAUUUUGGGUUGAAAAAGAGUAAAAAGAUAAUGUAGCUACAUUUCUUUAGUUCUUUUGAACCCAAAGUGUCUCCUCACCUUUUGUUGUUGUCAUUGAUGGUGGUGACAUGGGCUUGUUUGUAGAGGACAGGUCAGCUGUCUGACUCAAAGCUCUACCCUCUGAAGUUGUCUGAAAAUGUCCUCAUGAUUAAAUUCAGCCUAAGUGUUUUUCUGGGAACACUGCAGGGUCAAUGCUACCUCACCCAUCUGCAGGCAGAGAAGGUCCCGUGUGUCUCCCACCAUGAUUGUGAUACCAGGACUGUUCCACCAUUUGUCUACCAUGAUCCUGAUACCAGGACUCUUCCACCAUUUGUGUUCCACCAUGAUCGUGAUACCAGGACUGUUCCACCAUUUGUCUACCGCCAUGAUCGUGAUAUUAGGACUGUUCCACCAUUUGUUUACCACCAUGUUCGUGGUACCAGGACGGUUCCACCAUUUGUCUACAACCAUGAUUGUGAUACCAGGACUAUUCCACCAUUUGUCUACCACCAUGCUCGUGGUACCAGGACUGUUCUACCAUUUGUCUACCACCAUGAUUGUGAUACCAGGACUGUUGCACCAUUUGUCUACCACCAUGAUUGGGGUGCCAAGACUGUUACCUUUUAUCUACCAUUAUGAUUGUCAUACCAGGACUCUUCCACCAUUUGUCUAUCACCAUGAUCGUGAUACCAAAACUCUUCCACCAUUUGUCUACCAUCAUGAUCGUGAUACCAGGACCGUUUCACUAUUUGUCUAUCACCAUUAUCGUGAUGCCAGAUCUGUACCUUUCAGAGACAGCUUAUUUAUACCAAAGUAAUUGGAAAAAUGGUUUUUAAAAGUAUUAAUAUGCUGUGUUCAAAUGACCAUCCCCUAAACAUUUUCUUCAUUAAUCAUCCCUGGUGGUGUCCAUUAUUAUAUUUAUAUCUCUCUACUGGAAAUUUUCAAUUUUUCCUGUAUCUUUGCUUUUCCUAGUUGUCUGUUGUUGGAAAAAAAAUUUCCUGCCUGCAUUUUAAUUUUUGCCAAAGUUAAUUUUAAUCUAUACUAUUAAAAUGUUUUCUCUUAAGACUGUCAGCACAUAAGGCCACAGCAAAAGAGAGAAUUCACUGAUUUUGAAGCCUUUUUUGAUUUGUUGCUGACAAGAGACGUAGUUUUCUUAGCUGCUAAUAACUAUUUGAGCAGCCAGGAAAGGUCUAUCAGACUAAGGACAUGAAAAGCCCAGGCCAUUCUCUUUGAGUUUUUUAAACUAUUUCAAAAGAGAAGAGAAUAGGUAGAUUCCACAUAUGUGGACAGGAAGGAGAAUACACUAAAAGCAACAGACAAUUAUUUCCCAAAACAGAAUAGAAAACUAGAUUUAAAUAAACAUACACCAUUAAAAUUUAUUAAACAUUUUCUCAUGUCUCUAAACUUACCUGUUAUAUGAAAGUCAGUUCUUAAUAUUCCACACUGCAUUGACUGUUGACAUUCAUAAGAACAUAUUUCCAAGUUUAUUAUUUGAAAAUGCAAAUGGACUGUAAUUUUUUUUUGCAGUAAUCUUUUUAAGAUUGAAGAUUUUAUUCAAAAUAAAACCAGAGAUUUUAAAGAUUGAAAAUGACAUUAAAAUGUAUCUUCUCAAAAUAA